CAUCUAAGAGAGAAUCUUGGAGCAGAUUGUUACUAGAGUAAAUAAUGACAGCACUGUACGCUUCAACAUCAUAAGGCGAAAUGUGUGGGAUGGAGCAUCCAGAGCCAUGGGCAGAUCCAAUUUUUCACCAGAGAAAAAAAAUAGAUGUGAAGUUUACUGAUGACUAUGGAAUAUCUGAGGGUGCUGUUGACAAUGGAGGACCUACUCGGGAGUUCUUCCGACUUUGCCUCUGUGAAGUCAAGGACAAACUUGGCAUCUUUGAAGAUCCACCCAAUGCUAAAGUUCUUACGUGCAAUUCUAAAGCAAUGAAAGAUAAUGGAUACUACUAUGCUGGCCAGAUCAUGGCAAUGUCAAUUGCCCACGGGGGACAGAGUCCAUGUUUCUUGUCUGAACUCUUCUAUGAGUGUCUUCAAAAGGGUCCAGACAAUGUAAAAGUCAGCACUGAUCAUAUUACUGAUGAGGAAACAAGGUCACAAGUGCAGUCGAUCAUACAGGCCGAGAAUGAUCUACAGCUGCAAGAUGCAGUUGCACAGGCAGCCAGCUUGAUCAGUCUUGCUGGUCACAAUGUUUGCAUAACACUUCAAAACAAACAAGAAACUGCUUUGGAUCUGGCUCACUGGUAUGUCCUUCAACGGACCCGUGCACCUUUUGAAAGGUUCAGAGAUGGCUUGAGGUCUCUAGGUGUCCUAGAUGCUCUACAGACAUACCCUCUUCAGAUGAAGUGCCUUUUCGUGAAAGCUGGAAUGGCUCUCAGAGCAACUGAUAUGGAGAAUCUAUUCCAGAUCAUUCACUCCGAACGAGGGAGUAAUGCAUUUCAAGAUGAGUGCCGGACCCUGGCUUUCUGGCAAGACUAUCUUCAGGAGGCAGAAUUUGAAAAUGAUGUCUCUUUGGAAGAUAUUCUUGUUUUCUGCACUGGAUGUGACAGCAUACCAGCCCUGGGUUUUUCUCCAAAGCCAAGCCUUGAGUUCGUCACUAACUGCAGAUUUCCAGUGGCCAAUACUUGUGAAAAUAUCCUUCGUAUACCAGUUCAUGCAGUGUACACUACUUUCAAAUCAGACAUGGAUUUUGCAAUACGGAAUUCACCAGGAUUUGGAAGAGCAUGAUGUGUUUUCUUAAGGAUUGGUGACAUGAUGAGGAUUUGGGUUUUUUUCUAUUUUGCAUAUGCAUUUUUUAUUUUCUUGUUUUUUGUUAAUGUUGUUAACCCCGCAUCAGAGUACACCCUGGACAGCAGUAGGACUGUAUAGCCUAAAUAAGCUUCAUGUGUGUCUUUCAAAUUACAGCUUAAAUACCAGUUCAUGCAGUGCACACUACUUUCAAAUCAGACAUGGAUUUGAUAAGCCGAAGAGAAUGGAUGGAAUAAUUUUGUUUCAGUUUAUACAUGUGAGGCAUUUUUUUGUUUUUUGAUUGUAGUUAAUUUGUUUUCCUGCUUAUAUGGCAUGUUUUGUCUCUGGUAUGACCCAUAGUAACAUUACAUUAUUUAGCACCCCUGCAGUGAGCAAAAUAAUAUGCCACAAUCUCAUUGUUAUAUAGAAUUAAGUUUUCUCAAAUGCUUCCUGUGUUCAACUAUUCCACAUAAUGUGAAUUUUCAAAUGAGAUGAGUUAAGCUUUAUUUCAGUGUCCCAUUUGAACAUUUAUGCUUUACACAGAACUUUGUAUUAAUAUCAUUUAACUUUUAGCUUAACUCACAGGUUUAAAAAUGUUUUUGUUAGGUUUUGGUAAAGUUUUGAAAAGUAUUACAGUAACCCUACAUACUAAAAGGUAGAAAGACAGUAUCUCCAACACUGGCAGCAAAGUUGUCUAUAAAUGUGACAGACAUUGGUUAGGUCAAACCUGGUUAUGUUACAGGUUGAAAUAUGAACAUUAUAUCACACUAUAUGACAUUACAAUCUUAUCAAAUUAUUAUAUGUUAUCAAAGUAUUAUAAACAAUAAUAAUAAUAAUGAUAAUAAACAUAACCUGGUUUGCAGGGAGUGUUUUAAGGAUUUUGUUUGCAUAUUUUACUAUACUACUUGAUAACACAGGCUCAUUGUAGAUUGUUUGGGGUUUUUUUCCUCUUUCAUUUUGUUUUUUUAAGACCAGCCCUA